AUGGACCAAACCCAAACCACAUCAGCUUCGGGGAGGCCCGGAUCAGGUUCCGGCCCUGUGACUAACUUUAACCCCCUCUCUCUUGCCGCUUCCUCUCUCUUGCCGCUUGCUCUCUCUUGCCACUCCCCCUCUCUUGCCGCUCCCUCUCUCUUGCCGUUCCCUCUCCCUCUUACCGCUCCCCCUCUCUUGCCGCUCCCUCCCUCCCUCUCUCUCUCUCUCUCUCUCUCUCUCUCUCUCUCUCUCUCUCUCUCUCUCUCUCUCUCUCUCUCUCUCUCUCUCUCUCGCCGCUCCUCAGGCCGGUUUUUGCCUGCCCCUACUGCACAACAAUCAGCAGCACCAGCGGCGGGCUCACAAGCAGCACCAGACGCAGCAGCAGCAGACGGAACAGCAGCAGGAAUUAAACGCACAGAUGUGGACCUUGCUGACGUGGCAGUGACGUGGAUCCGUCCACCGCACCCCGAUUGGCAGGCUCCUGAUCAGCUGCUGCCGCCCUUCCCUGUCCCCUCAGCGGUUGACACUGAGGGUGGGAAGGAUGGGGAAGAGGAGGGUAGGAGAGAGGAGGGAAAAGGAGGAGAGGGAGGAGGGGAGGUGGGGGUGGUGAGUGUGCGAGUAGCGGACUGCAGCAGCAGUGUGCUGUACCCCCUCGUUAUAAGCACAGUGGUUCCUCGGCCUAUAGCCUUUAUCUCUACACUUUCCAAGACUGGUGUGGGAAAUCUCUCCCCCUACUCUUAUUUCAACACUGUGACUGACCCACAAUCUCCCCGUGCUUGCUUCCUAUCCCCUCACCUUCAUCCCUUCACCCCCCCUCUCGCUGGUCUCCCCGUCUUUUCCAGACUGGCGAUGGAAAUCUUUCCCCCUACUCCUAUUUCAACGCUGUGA